AUGACCUUGAUUGCGACUGGUGGAUGUGAUUACCCAACCAAAGGAAAACCCGUCGCAAUUCAAAUUUGGGACGCAAAGACAGGCAAGCUCGUCGCAGCUCUCAAAGGACACACAUACACAGUGAAUUGCCUGGCUUGGACCAACGACGGACAAAGGCUUAUCGAUUAUCUCUGGAUCCAAACCGCGGUUCUGAUUGAGCACCCUUCCCUUAUCUGCGCCAUUGCAAUUUCUCCAAAUGACCGCAUUCUCGCAAGCGCAUCCUUAAACCGCAUACCACAAUUGUGGAACCUCGACAACGGACAAUCCAUCAAUUCGCCCAUCCAGCAUCCACAACUAGUUCAAUGCGUAUCGUUUUCUGCGGAUGGAAAGCUACUAGCAGCUGGCUGCGCUGACAACAAUGCAUACACGUGGGAUGUUGCUACGAUUGUUCGAGAAGCUGGCCUCAACGACCUUCUUUCAGAUUCAAAGGUCAAGAAAUCGGUACUCCAUGCUGAUGCUACGCGACGUCCGCCUGCUUAUCGGAUACCCCAAGGUUUCUUCGAUGGAAUCCCUUCUCAUCACAAAGCCGUCCCCACUCCUCAGCACAUCCAGGUAGCACGUUUCUUACCCGCUUGUUCCACCGCAGUCCCUCUGAUACCCAUGAUACGCACCGAGUUGCAAGGGCGCAGUCCCACAGUUCUCGAGGUCCCGUAUGCGAAGGGCAAACGUCGAAACGCUUGCGCGAGGGAGAAACGGAAAAGACUAUUGCCCUUGAAGAACCCAACUGCAAGCAGCUCACAGCUUCCCAAGCCCAAUGCCAUACCGCAAUCCGGCACAGCAACCCAGACCCAGCCAUCUUUGCAACCACAGCCAGCUGUCUCCAAUUCAUCUGCUACACCCGCUGUCGGUGAUAAUACCGCAGCUACAACUUCAACGCCCUCGCGCCCUGACGUAAUGCUCAUACAGGCUGGACUCUGGGCUCGCUUCUGGCUCUUCAUUGGUUGUCUGUCUCCUGAAUACCAGGAUGGCCAUCAUUAG